AUGACCCGGGGCAACCAGCGUGACACUGAUCGGGCUAAGGCCCAGAAGAAGGCGGCUUCGGCGAAAUCCAAGAACAGCCUGUCUGGAACCCAAUUUCAGAAGGCCAAGGAGGAUGCCGCGGCCAUCAUGCGCGAGAAGCAGCGGAAAGGUACGUCGUCGCCAUCCGGACCCAGCGGUCAUCUGACAAUCCCGACCAAUCUGACUGUGGUCUCUUCUUGA